AUGCAAGAGAGAGAGGAUGCGUUGGCUGAAGAAGAGGCUGGUCUAGAUGAGCUCGCAGCACCGGCGCCAGACGAUAACCCCAAUGAGGACGACUACUAUCAACAUGAGAGCCUAGAGUCCGCUCGUCAUCGUGCUGACGUCUCACCGAUCAAAGGAGAGCGGCAAACAAAAUCUCGACUCGAGAGCAGCCUCACGCAAGUCUACAUCGUCAGCUAUCUCAUCUUCUUCUCCAUCUUUGGCGUUCUCGCGCGUAUUGGUCUACAGGCUCUUACUAUCUAUCCUGGCGCUCUUGUGGCCAACACAGACCUGUGGGCCAAUGUUGGCGGCAGCUUCAUUAUGGGGGUACUUCGCGAAGACCGCCUGUUGUUCCGCCGUCACUGGAGAGAGCAUGUUCAGAACGCGCAGAAGAACGCAGGUUCCAGCCCUGCAAACAGCCAUCGCGGCUUGGACACCAGCGACACACCUGAUCAGGAGAAUAUCAUGGACGCGGCACGCAAAUCCUUUACUUCCGCAAGAACGGGGAUUCCAGCUUACGUUGGUUUGAGCGUGGGGUUUUGCGGCUCCUUCACAUCAUUUGCUUCGAUCUGUCGGGACGGUUUCCUGGCCAUUGCAAACGACAUCAACACUGCCCCAAUCUCAACAAAACAGGCUGGAGUCGAGUUCAGGACGCGACCAAGCGGGGACAGCGUCAUGGCCCUCCUCGCCGUCAUAAUCUUAGAAGUCGGCUUGAGCAUUGUAGCGCUCACUUGCGGGGCGCACUCUGCGACAUUCCUCGCACGUCCGGCGGAGAAAGUCCCCGUAUUGAAUCUCAGCCGGAUGCUGAAUCCUCUCAUCGUCGUGUUGGCAUUCGGUUGCUGGCUUGGGGCGACCCUAAUGACGAUUUUUCCCACUCACGACGUCUGGAGGGGGCGCGUUCUUUUCAGCAUAGUCUUUGCACCACUUGGCACCCUUUCACGAUUCCAAAUCUCAGUCCAUCUGAACAAAUUGGUGAAGAGCUUUCCCCUCGGAACCUUUGCCGCCAAUGUCCUUGGGUGUUGUGUGAUGGGCAUGAGCUACGAUCUACAGAUGUCUUCGGCCGGAUCUGCCAUUCUCAGCUGCCAAAUUCUACAAGGAAUUAUCGACGGCUUUUGCGGUGCGCUGACGACGGUGAGCACGUGGGUCCUCGAGCUGGACACCCUGAGGUUAGAGCAUGGGUAUUUCUAUGGAGCUUGCAGCAUCUUCGCCGGUGUUGGCUGUUUCACCGUGGUGAUGGGUUCUGUAAAGUGGACGACUGGCUUUGUUGCUCCAACAUGUAGUGUUUGA